AUGGCAUUUAUCUCAGAUCUCGGUGAAUUUAUUGCUCGAACAGUGCGACGUGCAUUGUAUUUCUUUCAACGACAUAUUCUAAAUAAAAGAAUCGAGGAUCCAUGUAUUGAAUACAAAAAAUUCUCAUUAAUAAUAUUAAUUGUAUUGUUGAUUACUCCAACAAUUGCUCUUAUUGUCAUGGAAGCAGAACAUUCACGUCAAUGGAAUUAUUUCGAUUCGUUAUAUUAUACGUUUACGACUUCAACGCUUAUUGGAUUAGGCGAUUUGACCCCGCAACCAUCAUAUGUUCAAUUUUUCAUUCUAAUGCCACUUUUUUUCAUCAUUGAAACUCUUUUUGCACUAGCACUCGGCUUCAUUACUCAUUUGUAUCGAUAUGAAUCAAUGAUUAUGUACAAAUUAAUUAAGCACAAAAUUUCAAAAUUUCUAUUGCAUCGACGUUUACAGCGAAUGAAACAGACACUUCAAGAAGAAAACUUGCGAAAUUCGCAAGAACUUACAAGACUAACUGAUGCCGAUAUUGAUGCUGAGAUUGCUGAAUUAUCCGCACGUGAAAUGCGCAUGAAUGAAAAGAUUGAUAGAGAAAUACAAAUGCUGGAAGCAAUGCCAAGUCAAAUUGAUUUGGGAAUAUUAAAUGCACAAAUAAAAAAUGAUGGCGAAAGUAAACGAAGAUUGAGAAAUACGGUGAAGAAAUGGUUGCGUAGUAGGAAAGACAACGAAGUGAAAUAA